AUGCAGGCAGAGUGGGAGGAGCUAGCGCGACGGAACUGGUUAACGGAGAACGAGCAGGCCCAGAUCCCCUCCAGUGUGUCGCCUCACGAGAAGGUUACUAUUUUCACCUUAGUACUCUGUCUAGAUACCCUGUUUAGAUGCCUGUUAUUUGUUUCCUUCGCAUGUGGACAUGUUCUACUUAAUGAAAGGGAAAUAUAGCCUAUGAACUUGAUGAUAUACAGACCGCAAUGGGGGUCUUUUAAGUUUGUAAGUGAGUGCUUCCAUAAUGUUAGACACAGAUCAAAAUGUACUGGGGGGAGGGGCUAGUCCGACUCAAGGUGUCAUAAAAAAAGGCACCCCCCUCGCCAAAGCUUCUAAUAUUUUCACAUGACCCUCCCCCUGUAAAAUAAAUUGAACACCCUCGACCCUCAUAGAAUUAACUCCAAAUAAUGUUUACGACCACAAAUAACAAUAACUGUCGCGACCCUGUGUUCAUAAACGUCGAGAUGAACCUUGCCACUUCAGCAUGCCAGUCGAUGCCACGCAGGGCUACAGGCUAGGGUAGAAGGUUGAGGGUUCGCCGACCACCACAGACGAGCUCAAUCUCCCUGCCUGUUUCAUUACACUACGAUCAGAUCCGGCUGCAGACAAUGAUCAGCUAAAGGGGAAUCAGAUUUUCAACAUUUUCCAUUUUUAUAAAUUAUAUAAAAUAUAUGCAACACAUUUCCCACCAACAGGUUUCUGUGCCAAUGCACCACAACCAAUAAAAAAAGCAUACCGUCUUCAGACACUUCGAUAUCAUGGUUUGCGUUUUCAACACCAAAAUAAAUAGACUAUGUCAAUCUCGACAAACAGAAAAUACAUCCCUCCCUACCUUGUAGGCUUACCCAGUAUUCGAAGGCUUCUCCGAAUGUCAUUAAACAUUUUUGUGUUUUGUAACAGAUGUCUCUUUACAUUCAUCAACUAGCCGCUGCACAGUUUGGAUUGAUUUGAUUUGAUUUGUCAGUUAAAAAAAUACAUAUAUACACAAAUAUUUGUUUUAAGUGACCGGGAUUGCACAAUAAAGUCGAGGACUUCUAUUGUGGUCCCAAUUUUUUACAUAUAUACAUAUAGAAUUACAUAGAUAGACAUAUUACAGAGAAAGAGAUGAAAACAUGCUCUACCUCCAGAUAAGUAUGAGGAGGGAGUUUAAGUACAAUUCUUACAAGCUUGUUUGGCUGGUAGCUUAUUCUUUAGAUGUUUGUGGCUGCUGGUGAACCAUGAUGUGCAGGCAUAACCAAAGUGACACUGGACUAGCGCACUUGCCAGAGUCUUUAGGGUGUCUAUAGCUAGGUUUCCAUCCAAUAACAACACAUUUUCAUGUGAAUAUUCUAAAAUCUUCAUAAAAACAAUAUGCCAUUUAAGAGUUUCCUUUAGGAAAAUGUGGUGCCGGACAACAUGACAGGAAGAUUUUAAUUUACAGGACAUUUGAGAAAUUGUAUGGACAUCCAUAUGCAUUCAGAUCCAACAUGGCGCAGCCAGCGCCAUCAGAAAAACUAGUGAUGUUGGCCAAAUCAGCCACAUUUGCGUGUCCUUAAAAACAGCCUAUAACAAAAACAAAAUGUAUUGUGUUUCGAUGUGUAGCAUAUGCAAAACUUUAUAGCCUUUUCUUAAUUGGUUUUUAGGCUACUUUCCUAAAACAAUAAUGGUCCAUCACAUGGUUCAGCUGUCAGAAAUUUGAGCACUAGAUGUAUCAGGGCAUUGCAUACAUGGGCCUAUAGGCUUAGGUGUCCACUGUAUGAUAUUAAUAUUUUAUUAAAAAUAUAGCCUAUAUAAAGGAAGAGAAGAUUCAGCCUGACCCCAGAGAGAUAGACAUAUGCUGGUGGCAUGCUACGACACCGACAUGCUUUCCUUUUUGACAUAUGGCUACUGCGUCUGCUAUACAGAUAUAGAGGUACAGAAGGAGGGUAAUUCAUACAUUUUCAAUCCGAAUAUUUUCUAUAAAGAUAAGCAUGAUAUUGUUACAUUAUAGGAGUAACUCUGGUAGGCCUGAAACAGUCUUUGUCCCCUCAAGUUCAACUGUUGGAGCAUCAGGGCGCACUGCCUUCAUAUCAUAGGCCUGCAGUAGCUAAAACUUAAUAAUAGCCACACCAUACCAAACCUUCACAAAUGUUUCUAAACUUUAUUAGGGUAAUAUCAAAAGUAAGUCAAGCCAUUGUUUAUAGGGACAAUACGAGAAAAUGUAAACCAGGGGGAAAAAAAUGCAUUGACCCCCCCCCCCAAAAACAAAAAACAAACAAACACACAAACCUCCCCAAAGUAAAAAAAACAAGUUUGACAACCCUCCCCUAUUUUGGACCACCCCACCCCCCAUAAAUUUGAUCUGUCCCUUAGUUGUACAGUGCUUUGCAAAAGUAUUCAUCCCCCUUGGCGUUUUUCCUAUUUUGUUGCAUUACAACCUGUACUUUAAAUGGAUUUUUAUUUGGAUUUCAUGUAAUGGACAUACACAAAAUAGUCCAAAUUGGUGAAGUGAAAUGAAAAAAAUAACUUGUUUCAAAAAAUUCAAAAAAAUUAAUAAUGGAAAAGUGGUGCGUGCGUAUGUAUUCACCCCCUUUGCUAUGAAGCCCCUAAAUAAGAUCUGGUGCAACCAAUUACCUUCAGAAGUCACAUAAUUAGUUAAAUAAAGUCCACAUGUGUGCAAUCUAAGUAUCACAUGAUCUCAGUAUAUAUACACCUGUUCUGAAAGGCCCCAGAGUCUGCAACACCACUAAGCAAGCGGCACCAUGAAGACCAAGGAGCUCUCCAAACAGGUCAGGGACAAAGUUGUGGGGAAGUACAGAUCAGGAUUGGGUUAAAAAAAUAUCUGAAACUUUGAACAUCCCACGGAGCACCAUUAAAUCCUUUAUUAAAAAAUUGAAAGAAUAUGGCACCACAACAAACCUGCCAAGAGAGUGCCGCCCACCAAAACUCACAGACCAGGCAAGGAGGGCAUUAAUCAGAGAGGCAACAAAGAGACCAAAGAUAACCCUGAAGGAGCUGCAAAGCUCCACAGAGGAGAUUGGAGCAUCUGUCCAUAGGACCACUUUAAGCCGUACACUCCACAGAGCUGGGCUUUACGGAAGAGUGGCCAGAAAAAAGCCAUUGCUUAAAGAAAAAAAUAAGUAAACACGUUUGGUGUUUGCCAAAAGGCAUGUGGGAGACUCCCCAAACAUAUGGAAGAAGGUACUCUGGUCAGAUGAGACUAAAAUUGAGCUUUUUGGCCAUCAAGGAAAACGCUAUGUGUGGCGCAAACCCAACACCUCUCAUCACCCCAAGAACACCAUCCCCAAAGUGAAGCAUGGUGGUGUUAGCAUCAUGCUGUGGGGAUGUUUUUCAUCGGCAGGGACUGGGAAACUGGUCAGAAUUGAAGGAAUGAUGGAUGGCUAAAAUACAGGGAAAUUCUUGAGGGAAACCUGUUUCAGUCUUCCAGAGAUUUGAGACUGGGAUAGAGUUUCACCUUCCAGCUAAAGCAACAUUCGAGUGGUUUAAGGGGAAACGUUUAAAUGUCUUGGAAUGGCCUAGUCAAAGCACAGACCUAAAUCCAAUUGAGAAUCUGUGGUAUGACAUAAAGAUUGCUGUACACAAGAAGAACCCAUCCAACUUGAAGGAGCUGGAGCAGUUUUGCCUUGAAAAAUGGGCAAUAAUUCCAGUGGCUAGAUGUGCCAAGCUUAUAGAGACAUACCCCAAGAGACUUGCUGCUGUAAUUGCUGCAAAGGUGGCUCUACAAAGUAUUGACUUUGGGGGGUUGAAUAGUUACAGUGAGGGAAAAAAGUAUUUGAUCCCCUGCUGAUUUUUUUAUAAGUUUGCCCACUGACAAAGAAAUUAUCAGUCUAUAAUUUUAAUGGUAGGUUUAUUUGAACAGUGAGAGACAAAAUAACAACAAAAAAAUCCAGAAAAACGCAUGUCAAAAAUGUUAUAAAUUGAUUUGCAUUUUAAUGAGGGGAAAUAAGCAUUUGACCCCCUCUCAAUCAGAAAGAUUUCUGGCUCCCAGGUGUCCUUUAUACAGGUAACACGCUGAGAUUAGGAGCACACUCUUAAAGGGAGUGCUCCUAAUCUCAGCUUGUUACCUGUAUAAAAGACACCUGUCCACAGAAGCAAUCAAUCAAUCAGAUUCCAAACCUACACAAGGCUGGAAUGGGCUACAAGACCAUCGCCAAGCAGCUUGGUGAGAAGGUGACAACAGUUGGUGCGAUUAUUCGCAAAUGGAAGAAACACAAAAUAACUGUCAAUCUCCCUCGGCCUGGGGCUCCAUGCAAGAUCUCACCUCGUGGAGAUGCAAUGAUCAUGAGAACGGUGAGGAAUCAGCCCAGAACUACACGUGAGUUUCUUGUCAAUGAUCUCAAGGCAGCUGGGACCAUAGUCACUAAGAAAACAAUUGGUAACACACUACGCCGUGAAGGACUGAAAUCCUGCAGCGCCCGUGUUUUUCUGCUAAGGGGACAGGACAACUUCACCACAUCAAAGGGACGAUGGACGGGGCCAUGUACUGUCAAAUCUUGGGUGAGAACCUCCUUCCCUCAGCCAGGGCAUUGAAAAUGGGUCGUGGAUGGGUAUUCCAGCAUGACUAUGACCCAAAACACACAACCAAGGCAACAAAGGAGUGACUCAAGAAGAAGCACAUUAAGGUCCUGGAGUGGCCUAGCCAGUCUCCAGACCUUAAUCCCAUAGAAAAUCUGUGGAGGGAUCUGAAGGUUCGAGUGCCAAACGUCAGGCUCGAAACCUUAAUGACUUGGAGAAGAUCUGCAAAGAGUAGUGGGACAAAAUCCCUCCUGAGAUGUGUGCAAACCUGGUGGCCAACUACAAGAAAUUUCUGACCUCUGUGAUUACCAACAAGGGUUUUGCCACCAAGUACUAAGUCAUGUUUUGCAGAGGGGUCAAAUACUUAGUUCCUUCAUUAAAAUGCAAAUCAAUUUAUAAAAUUUUUGACAUGCGUUUUUCUGGAUUUUUGUUGUUGUUAUUCUGUCUCUCACUGUUCAAAUAAACCUACCAUUAAAAGUAUAGACAGACCAUGUCUUUGUCAGUGGGCAAACGUACAAAAUCAGCAGGGGAUCAAAUACGUUUUUCCCUCACUUUUUCCCUCAUAAUAUUAUUUUAGCCAGCUCCUGUUAUUAUUUUAGAUGUGUGUAAAAACCGCUCCAUUUACAGUUGAAGUUGGAAGUUUACAUAGACUUAGGUUGGAGUCAUUAAAACUCGUUUUUCAACCACUCCACAAACUAUAGUUUUGGCAAGUCGGUUAGGACAUCUACUUUGUGCAUGACACAAGUAAUUUUUCCAACAAUUGUUUACAGACAGAUUAUUUCACUUAUAAUUCACUGUAUCACAAUUCCAGUGGGUCAGAAGGUUACAUACACGAAGUUGACUGUGCCUUUAAACAGCUUGGAAAAUUCCAGAAAAUGAUGUAAUGGCUUUAGAAGCAUCUGAAUGGCUAAUUGACAUCAUUUGAGUCAAUUGGAGGUGUACCUGUGGAUGUAUUUCAAGGCCUACCUUCAAACUCAGUGCCUCUUUGCUUGACAUCAUGGGAAAAUCAAAAGAAAUCAGCCAAGACCUCAGAAAAAUAAUUGUAGACCUCCACAAGUCUGGUUCAUCCUUGGGAGCAAUUUCCAAACGCCUGAAGGUACUACGUUCAUCUGUACAAACAAUAGUACGCAAGUAUAAACACCAUGGGACCACGCAGCUGUCAUACCGCUCAGGAAGGAGACGCGUUCUGUCUCCUAGAGAUGAACGUACUAUGGUGUGAAAAGUGCAAAUCAAUCCCAGAACAACAGCCAAGGAUCUUGUGAAGAUGCUGGAGGAAACAGGUACAAAAGUAUCUAUAUCCACAGUAAAACGAGUCCUAUAUCGACAUAACCUGAAAGGCCGCUCAGCAAGGAAGAAGCCACUGCUCCAAAACCGCCAUAAAAAAGCCAGACUAAGGUUUGCAACUGCACAUGGGAACAAAGAUCGUACUUUUUGGAGAAAUGUCCUCUGGUCUGAUGAAACAAAAAUAGAGCUGUUUGGCAAUAAUGACCAUCGUCAUGUUUGGAGGAAAAAGGGGAACUUGCAAGCCGAAGAACACCAUCGCAAACGUGAAGCACUGGGGUGGCAGCAUCAUGCUGUGGGGGUGCUUUGCUGCAGGAGGGACUAGUGCACUUCACAAAAUAGAUGGCAUCAUGCGGAAGGAAAAGUAUGUAGAUAUAUUGACGCAACAUCUCAAGACAUCAGUCAGGAAGGUAAAGCUUGGUCGCAAAUGGGUCUUCCAAAUGGACAAUGACCCCAAGCAUACUUCCAAAGUUGUGGCAAAAUGACUUAAGGACAACAAAGUCAUGGUAUUGGAGUGGCCAUCACAAAGCCCUGACCUCAAUCCUAUAGAAAAUGUGUGGGCAGAACUGAAAAAGCGUGUGCGAGCAAGGAGGCCUACAAACCUGACUCAUUUACACCAGCUCUGUCAGGAGGAAUGGGCCAAAAUUCACCCAACUUAUUGUGGGACGCUUGUGGAAGGCUACCCGAAACGUUUGACCCAAGUUAAACAAUUUAAAGGCAAUGCUACCAAAUACUAAUUGAGUGUAUGUAAACCUCUGACCCACUGGGAAUGUGAUGAAAUAAAUAAAAAGUGAAAUAAAUAAUUCUCUCUACUAUUAUUCUGACAUUUCACAUCCUUAAAAUAAAGUGGUGAUCCUAACUGACCUAAAACAGGGGAUUUUUACUUGGAUUAAAUGUCAGGAAUUGUGAAAAACUGAGUUUAAAUGUAUUUGGCUAAGGUGUAUGUAAACUUCCGACUUCAACUGUACCUAGGCCAUAUGCCCAUCAUGUAGCGAGAGAUGAGAUAAUCUGGUGACUCUCAUAUUUAGAAACAUUUAAGUUAGUUUCGAUAUAUUAAAAAAUAAGCCCUUAUAGUAGGCUACCCUUACCCUAACGAAAGACGGUUCAACAUUAAUGCAUCUGGUGUCAUUUUUAUCCUGACCAUUCAUUAGCCCAGGAGCAUAGCCAUUAAAAGUUUCUAAAUGGUUUACUCGUGAGGCUUUUGCCGACAUGCUUUUGCAUUAUUCACAUAGCCCUACCUGCAGUGCAUAAUCCAUUCGGCUUAAAUCCAUCCUCAUUUCCAAAGAGCGCUCCUCCAAACAUAGGUUAUUCAACAUUUUCAGUCCUAUAACGCCAUAUCAACAGUAGGCCUAGGCUAUAUUUUGCUUAUUGAGAAUGUGCCUCACACAUACAAUACAAUUUAGGGGGCUUAGUAUUUUUUAUUUGAGAAGUGCAAUGCAUAAAGGCCUAUACUCGUUCAAGUCAAUCACAACAAUGUUGACUGUCAACACUCCAAACAUUGAGCAAACACUGGAUGUUUUAUUUUUACUGUUGCUAUCACUCGUUACUGUAGCCCAGGCAUGGGCAACUUUGACGGGGGUGGGGGCCACAAAAAAACUGAACUCCUCAUGAGGGGCCGCAGUGGCUCGUGGGUCUGAGUACCCACAUCCAUCCCCCCACACCUUGCGUACAAAACAUUUUAGUGGCCCCCCUCGUGACAGCUAAAAGAGAAAAAAAAACGUUUUCAAGUACAUUUUCUUCACCUCUACACAUUUUGCCAUGGGGCGGAGAGAAGAUUUAGCAAUUUUCUAACACAUUUCAUGCAAUUCUACUCAUUUUGCCAUAGGGUGGAGUUUUUUAUGUGAUAACUGAUGAUCAAGGGAGUCACCCCAGUCAGUAAUUCGACUAUGCUUACUACAAGUUUAGAUAGCUGGCCGCUAGACUAACUUACCAAUCAAAAAUGUUUUUGCUGACAUGGGCUAAUUGAGGGACUGCUGAGGCACAACCACAUUUUGAAAUGUGAUUAUUCUAAUUCUCAACAGUAAGUUGAGACCCCGACAGUUCCCGAGUUAGUUUUUUUGAUGUUGUUUUUUUAUUGGUCCGGUGGGCUGCCAGUUGCCCAUCCCUGCUGUAGCCUAUGCUAUUUAGGCACUGAUCAAAAUUUACUGGGGGGAGUGGUGGUCCAAAAUAGGGGAGGGUUGUCAAACUUUUUGCUUUAGGGAGGGUUGUGUGUUUUUUUUUUUUUUAAUUGGGCACAUGAAAGGGUAUUGCAUUUUUUCCCUGGUUUACAUUUGCUUUUCUGCUUGUAUUUGACCUAUAAACAAUUGCUUGACUUACUUUUGCUAUUACCCUAAUAAAGUUGAGAAACGUUUGUGAAGGUUUGGUAUGGUGUGGCUAUUAUUAAGCCUUAGAUACUACAGGCCUAUGAUAUGAAGGCAGUGCGCCCUGGUGCUCCAACUGACUCCGACAGUUGCACUUGAGGUGAGGAAGACUGUUUCAGGCCUACCAGAGUUACUCCUAUAAUCAAAAAAUAUAAUAUUUAUCUUUAUACAAAAUAUUCUGAUCGAAAAAUUUCUAAUUAGCCUCCUUCUUUACAUCUAUAUGUGAAUAAUUUCAGGAAACUAGGCAUAUGUGGCACGUCACUACUUGACAGGAGAGGCAUUUCAAUGUUUUUGGGCAGAAAUGCCCUCUGGAACAUGUGAAUGUUCAUGUGACUUAAUAACAAACUUGUAUGCCAUCUGUAAAUACGAAUACAAUUGUUAAAUUACGAGCCUAGUUGGUUUAGCAACGGAAAAAGACAGGAACCUUCCCGUUAGCCAUGAUUGGAUGAGAUAUUGAAUGGGCUGGAUAUGCUGAGAGAUUAGUUCGGAUUGGUCUGCCAUGUAGCACGCUUCUAUCUAUGACAUGAGCUGCUCUGUAUGUGUAGGUAAUCCUUUCUAACGCGGCUUUUUUGAAAGAUAUCAUGAAGAAUUGUGAUAAUGUUGCUAAUGCUCUCCACUCUCCACUCUCUGGAGGACCAAGUUUUGAAAUCAGUGGAAUGCCCGGUUGAAGCAGAGUAUUAUAGCUAAGGAGAUGGAGAAAAUUCAUGUUUGAUAUGCAGAGGGACUCAAAAAGAGAACACACAGAAGGCGAUUGUAUAAAACACCUGUCUCCGGAUUACAUCUUCAAACUAAGGGCAUCCAUGGCAUCAGUGACAGAGGGAGAAGCGUUCAUCCAUGUAUACGGGUAAGAGAGUCUAGCUAGCUACAUUUUCAGAAAUUAUGCGUUUCUAAUUGUGUCAGAAAGUGGUUAAAGCGUACUGUUAGCUAGCUAGUGUAUGAUCUGUGUAGUAAUAUUAUUCGUAUCUCAGGCCAUUUGCAUUGCUAGUUAUAGCCUAAUGUUAGCUAGCUAGCCAACAUUGAACCUAGUUGGUUAGCUUUAGCUACCUGUAGAUUCAUGCAAGGUAGUAACGUUAUGAGUUGGGAUUAUGGUUCAUUGUUUAGCUAGCUAGCUACAUGUCUAAACAAAAGACUCCACUAUGCAAGUAAGCAUUUCACUGUACCGUUUACACCUUCUGUAUCCUGUGCAUGUGACAAAUACACUUAGAUUUUAUAUAGGUGUAUGUUUACCAAAGACAGUAAUGUGAAGAACAACAUGACCUUCACCAAAGUCAAAUUAGGAUAUAACGUUAGGCCAACGAGACAGUGUCCGAGUUCUAAAAUUCUCCGGUAGAAUGCCCUGCUUUUAUUUUGUCCCACUCACAACCGUAAGCUAUUUUCUGUAAUUAGCUCGCCAUUAACUUGUAAAUAAUGAUCUUGUUGUGAGUUUAUUUUCCUGUAAUAAUGAGUACAAAUUAGCUAAAGUUAAGACGUUGUCAGUUAUAUGAUGUGGUCAUUAUUUGACUUAACGUUAGCUAACUAGCUAACAAGUUAGAAACAAACCAAAACAUUGUUUAGAAAGUUGCUUGUAGUUGCCUGGUUUGCUACAAUGGCUUGCGAAAGUAUUCACCUCCCUUGGCAUUUUUCCUAUUUUGUUGCCUUACAACCUGGAAUUAAAAUUGAUUUUUUUGUAUCAUUUGAUUUACACAACAUGCCUACCACUUUGAAGAUGCAAAAUAAAAAAAUGUGUGAAAUAAGACAAAAAGACAGAGUCAAUACUUUGUAGAGCCACCCUUUGCAGCACUUACAGCUGCAAGUCUCUUGGGGUAUGUCUCUAUAAGUUUGGCACAUCUAGCCACUGGGAUUUUUGCCCAUUCUUCAAGGCAAAACUGCUCCAGCUCCUUCAAGUUGGAUGGGUUCCGCUGGUGUACAGCAAUCUUUAAGUCAUACCACAGAUUCUCAAUUGGACUGAGGUCUGGGCUUUGACUAGGCCAUUCCAAGACAUUUAAAUGUUUCCCCUUAAACCACUCAAGUGUUGCUUUAGCAGUAUGCUUAGGGUCAUUGUCCUGCUGGAAGGUGAACCUCCGUCCCAGUCUGAAAUCUCUGGAAGACUGAAACAGGUUUCCCUCAAGAAUUUCCCUGUAUUUAGCGCCAUCCAUCAUUCCUUCAAUUCUGACCAGUUUCCCAGUCCCUGCCGAUGAAAAACAUCCCCACAGCAUGAUGCUGCCACCACCAUGCUUCACUGUGGGGAUGGUGUUCUCUGGGUAAUGAGAGGUGUUGGGUUUGUGCCAGACAUAGCAUUUUCCUUGAUGGCCAAAACGCUCAAUUUUAGUCUCAUCUGACCAGAGUACCUUCUUAUAUAUGUAGUCUCCCACAUGCCUUUUGGCGAACACCAGACAUGUUUGCUUAUUUUUUUCUUUAAGCAAUGGCUUUUUUCUGGCCACUCUUCCGUAAAGCCCAGCUCUGUGGAGUGUACGGCUUAAAGUGGUCCUAUGGACAGAUACUCCAAUCUCCGCUGUGGAGCUUUGCAGCUCCUUCAGGGUUAUCUUUGGUCUAUCUGUUGCCUCUCUGAUUAAUGCCCUCCUUGCCUGGUCUGUGAGUUUUGGUGGGCGGCCCUCUCUUGGCAGGUUUGUUGUGGUGCCAUUCUGUCAAUUUUUUAAAUAAUGGAUUUAAUGGUGCUCCGUGGGAUGUUCAAAGUUUCUCCACAACUUUGUCCCUGACCUGUUUGGAGAGCUCCUUGGUCUUCAUGGUGCCCCUUGCUUAGUGGUGUUGCAGACUCUGGGGCCUUUGAGAACAGGUGUGUGUAUAUAUACUGAGAUCAUGUGACACUUAGAUUGCACACAGGUGGACAUUAUUUAACUAAUUAUGUGACUUUAAAAGGUAAUUGGUUGCACCAGGUCUUAUUUAGGGCCUUCGUAGCAAAGGGGGUGAAUACAUACAGUGGGGAGAACAAGUAUUUGAUACACUGCCGAUUUUGCAGGUUUUCCUACUUACAAAGCAUGUAGAGGUCUGUAAUUUUUAUCAUAGGUAUACUUCAACUGUGAGAGACGGAAUCUAAAACAAAAAUCCAGAAAAUCACAUUGUAUGAUUUUUAAGUAAUUAAUUUACAUUUUAUUGCAUGACAUAAGUAUUUGAUCACCUACCAACCAGUAAGAAUUCCGGCUCUCACAGACCUGUUCGUUUUUCUUUAAGAAGCCCUCCUGUUCUCCACUCAUUACCUGUAUUAACUGCACCUGUUUGAACUCGUUACCUGUAUAAAAGACACCUGUCCACAUACUCAAUCAAACAGACUCCAACCUCUCCACAAUGGCCAAGACCAGAGAGCUGUGUAAGGACAUCAGGGAUAAAAUUGUAGACCUGCACAAGGCUGGGAUGGGCUACAGGACAAUAGGCAAGCAGCUUGGUGAGAAGGCAACAACUGUUGGCACAAUUAUUAGAAAAUGGAAGAAGUUCAAGAUGACGGUCAAUCAACCUCGGUCUGGGGCUCCAUGCAAGAUCUCACCUCGUGGGGCAUCAAUGAUCAUGAAGAAGGUGAGGGAUCAGCCCAGAACUACAUGGCAGGACCUGGUCAAUGACCAGAAGAGAGCUGGGACCACAGUCUCAAAGAAAACCAUUAGUAACACACUACGCCGUCAUGGAUUAAAAUCCUGCAGCGCACGCAAAGUCCCUCUGCUCAAGCCAGCACAUGUCCAGGCCCGUCUGAAGUUUGCCAAUGACCAUCUGGAUGAUCCAGAGGAGGAAUGGAAGAAGGUCAUGUGGUCUGAUGAGACAAAAAUAUAGCUUUUUGGUCUAAACUCCACUCGCCGUGUUUGGAGGAAGAAGAAGGAUGAGUACAACCCCAAGAACACCAUCCCAACCGUGAAGCAUGGAGGUGGAAACAUCAUUCUUUGGGGAUGCUUUUCUGCAAAGGGGACAGGACGACUGCACCGUAUUGAGGGGAGGAUGGAUGGGGCCAUGUAUCGCGAGAUCUUGGCCAACAACCUCCUUCCCUCAGUAAGAGAAUUGAAGAUGGGUCGUGGCUGGGUCUUCCAGCCCCGAAACCUGAAGGAUCUGGAGAAGGUCUGUAUGGAGGAGUGGGCCAAAAUCCCUGCUGCAGUCUGUGCAAACCUGGUCAAGACCUACAGGAAACGUAUGAUCUCUGUAAUUGCAAACAAAGGUUUCUGUACCAAAUAUUAAGUUCUGCUUUUCUGAUGUAUCAAAUACUUAUGUCAUGCAAUAAAAUGCAAAUUAAUUACUUAAAAAUCAUACAAUGUGAUUUUCUGGAUUUUUGGAUAAAAAUUACAGACCUCUACAUGCUUUGUAAGUAGGAAAACCUGCAAAAUCGGCAGUGUAUCAAAUACUUGUUCUCCCCACUGUAUGCACGCACCACUUUUCCAUUAUUUAUUUUUUAGACGUUUUUGAAACAAGUAAUUUUUUUCAUUUCACUUCACCAAUUUGGACUAUUUUGUGUAUGUCCAUUACAUGAAAUCCAAAUAAAAAUCCAUUUAAAUUACAGGUUGAAAUGCAACAAAAUAGGAAAAACGCAAAGGAGGAUGAAAACCUUUGCAAGGCACUGUAGAUUUACAUAUACUAAAUUCAUUUUUAAACGGAUGGGUUUAUUGGUGUUAAAAUACACCAGUUACGCUAUUUUGGACCACCAGGCUACUGAUGUCAUGCAGCCUCUCGUUUUUGUGUUUAUAAUUUUUCAUAACUACAACGACUAGUUUUAUGUCAGAUGACAAUAGAAUGUUCAUGAUGCUACUGCAACAACUGUAUACAGACAUGUCAAUAGACGUAGUAUAAACCAGCCUUUAGUCUUGAAAUCUUUGGUUGUUUAGCACAUGGCCUCACGUGAAUCCUUAAAGAGAUUGGUGGGGCUAAUGCUUAAGAGGGUGUGAACAGUGCUGAAUGGGUGUAGACAAAGAAGAGCUCUCUAGUAGGUGUACCAAAACAUUCAAGGGUCAUUUUCUCAAAAGUAGGGUUACAAGUUAAUCAACUUUCAAAGCAGAAUUACUUUCCCAUUGUUCCUCAACUGUAGUGUAUGAUAUACAAUUUUCUAGCUCGGAGUCUCUACUUUUAUCCAAUGUAAAAAACACAAUUUCUAGUUUUGCUACUAAAGACCGAAUCGAGCCAGUCGGUCACAUAUCUGUAUAGCAGACGAAGUAGCCAUCUGACAUAGCAUGCCACCGGCAUAUCUCUAUCUCUAACUCUAUCUCUCUGAGGUUAGACCUAAGUUUCUCUUCCUUUAUAAAGGAUAUACACUACCGGUCAAAAGUUUUAGAACACCUACUCAUUCAAGGGAUUUCCUUUAUUUUUACUAUUUUCUACAUUGUAGAAUAAUAGUGAAGACAUCAAAACUAUUAAAUAACACAUAUGGAAUCAUGUUGUAACCAAAAAAGUGUUAAACAAAUCAAAAUAUAUUUUAUAUUUGAGAUUCUUCAAAGUAGCCACCCAUUGCCUUGAUAACAGCUUUGCACACUCUUGGCAUUCUCUCAACCAGCUUCACCUGGAAUGCUUUUCCAACAGUCUUGAAGGAGUUCCCACAUAUGCUGAGCACUUGUUGGCUGCUUUUCCUUCACUCUGCGGUCCGACUCAUCUCAAACCAUCUCAAUUGGGUUGAGGUCGGGGGAUUGUGGAGGCCAGGUCAUCUGAUGCAGCACUCCAUCACUCUCCUUCUUGGUAAAAUAGCCCUUACACAGCCUGGAGGUGUGUUGGUUCAUUGUCCUGUUGAAAAACAAAUGAUAGUCCCACUGAGCCCAAACCAGAUGGGAUGGCGUAUCGCUGCAGAAUGCUGUGGUAGCCAUGCUGGUUAAGUGUACCUUGAAUUCUAAAUAAAUCAGAGUGUCACCAGCAAAGCACCCUAUACCAUAACACCUCCUCCUCCAUGUUUUACGGUGGGAAAUACACAUGCAGAGAUCAUCCGUUCACCCACACGGCGUCUAACAAAGACACAGCGGUUGGAACCAAAAAUCUCAAAUUUGGAGAUUGCUCGUGUUUCUUUUACAUUUACAUUUACGUCAUUUAGCAGACGCUCUUAUCCAGAGCGACUUACAAAUUGGUGCAUUCACCCUAUAGCCAGUGGGAUAACCACUUUACAAAUUUUUUUAUUUAAAAAAAAUAAAAAUUGGGGGGGGGGGGGUAGAAGGAUUACUUUAUCCCAGGUAUUCCUUAAAGAGGUGGGGUUUCAAAUGUCUCCGGAAGGUGGUGAGUGACUCCGCUGUCCUGGCGUCGUGAGGGAGCUUGUUCCACCAUUGGGGUGCCAGAGCAGCGAACAGUUUUGACUGGGCUGAGCGGGAACUAUGCUUCCGCAGAGGAAGGGGAGCCAGCAGGCCAGAGGUGGAUGAACGCAAUGCCCUCGUUUGGGUGUAGGGACUGAUCAGAGCCUGAAGGUACGGAGGUGCCGUUCCCCUCACAGCUCCAUAGGCAAGCACCAUGGUCUUGUAACAGAUCCGAGCUUCAACUGGAAUUCAGUGGAGUGUGCGGAGGAGCGGGGUGACGUGAGAGAACUUGGGAAGGUUGAACACCAGACGGGCUGCGGCAUUCUGGAUGAGUUGUAGGGGUUUAAUGGCACAGGCAGGGAGCCCAGCCAACAGCGAGUUGCAGUAAUCCAGACGGGAGAUGACAAGUGCCUGGAUUAGGACCUGUGCCGCUUCCUGUGUAAGGCAGGGUCGUACUCUCCGAAUGUUGUAGAGCAUGAACCUACAGGAUCGGGUCACCGCCUUGAUGUUAGCGGAGAACGACAGGGUGUUGUCCAGGGUCACGCCAAGGCUCUUCGCACUCUGGGAGGAGGACACAACGGAGUUGUCAACCGUGAUGGCGAGAUCAUGGAAUGGGCAGUCCUUCCCCGGGAGGAAGAGCAGCUCCGUCUUGCCAAGGUUCAGCUUGAGGUGGUGAUCCGUCAUCCAUACUGAUAUGUCUGCCAGACAUGCAGAGAUGCGAUUCGCCACCUGGUUAUCAGAAGGGGGAAAGGAGAAGAUUAGUUGUGUAUCAUCAGCGUAGCAAUGAUAGGAGAGGCCAUGUGAGGAUAUGACAGAGCCAAGUGACUUGGUGUAUAGCGAGAAUAGGAGAGGGCCUAGAACUGAGCCCUGGGGGACACCAGUGGUGAGAGCACGUUUCUUGGCCCAAGCAAGUCUCUUCUUCUUCUUAUUGGUGUCCUUUAGUAGUGGUUUCUUUGCAGCAAUUCGACCAUGAAGGCCUGAUUCACACAGUCUCCUCUGAACAGUUGAUGCUGACACCAAGAUAAUUCCGUGUCCCCAGCCGAAUUGGAGUUGAUAACAAUGCAAAGAUGUCAAUAAUGCCGCUUUCACUUGCUAGUCGUAACUAGGAAACUCUGACAUUUUCGACUUGCUAACCUAGGCGGAAGAGUCAGAUCCCGAGUUUCCCACUUGGGAGAUACCAGAAUCAACCAAUAGGAAGCUUUACACAAAUAAUUAAAGUUAAAAUUAACUCUAAGGUUCCAAUUUCCAACUAGCAUGUGAACGUGGCAUUAGCUACAUAACUUGAGACAAACGCAUGCAGUAUGUCAGUGGCCAAGCCCUUGUCACACCUACAACUUGUUUAUUCUUUCAAACACAGCCCUGUAGCACUACCGCCAGCUAUUGCGUUCAUAAUAACAGCUGUGAAAAUAGAAAACAUAUUUCUGACACACCCCCGGACCUAUAGCGCUACUGCCAGUGCUUAGAUUGCAUUAGGUUUGUUAAAAUAGAGCCCUGAGUGUUUUGCUUAAAUGUUGUACUCUAGAGGAGAGUCGCUCAGUGUCACAAUUUUUCAGAGUGCUGAUAUUGCUGAUUUUCCCGAUUUUCCCUUUACUGUUUUUUUUAUUUAUUUUUUAUUGGUGACAGGGCUACUACUUUCACACGGACAACCCCUACAAGGACUGGCCCAACGCAUUUAAGGAGGGGUUUCGAAAGUCCAAAGAGGGAGACCUGCCCAACGCUGUGCUGUUACUGGAGGGGGCCAUUUUACAGGAUCCCCAGGACUCAGAGGUGAACAGGCACAGGGGGCUGAUGAGACACAGGCACAGUAAUCACACACAUUUCCAGCAUGACUUUCACACCGGACCAUAAUAUACUGGCACCAACUGCCAAUCAGCCUGUUCAGACAACACCAUAACUCUGAACUUCACAAAUCAUGUGUACGGUCGACACUCAGGGAGCGCUAAGUGGCUGACGCUGAUUGCUAGUGGAGGACUGGGGAAUUAUACUGUUAAUAGAGUUGUUUACUGUAGCAAAACUACCCUGUCUUCAUCUCCUAAUGAGAAUUGUCUGCAGAGACUCACAAAUUGAGUAUCAAUGUCAAUUCACAAAAUAAACCAGAACGCAGCUUAACCUACAUAGAUCAUAUUUGUUUCUUCACAGAGACUGAAAGAUACAUGUAAUCUAGUGUGUUUAGAUUGCAGAAUCAGCUUGCUGUCCAAAUGCAAUUGUCGUUGGAUGGUAUGGAGAUUCAAAGUUGGGUUUCAGGACUUAUCAGGUACACCUAAUGAAUUUGGUUGGUUGCCAAGUAUCUCGAGUGAGCCUUUGCGAAAGUGGCAUGUGAAAUAUGCCCCGCAACUUUAUCUCAUUAAUUCAUUCUUAUUGGCUCUUUAGAACAAUACAAUACCAGGAUGCAUCAUCUUAAUAGGAAACCCCCAAUACCAGAGUGAGGAGGCUCAACAAUCCUAAAUUAACUUGGCUGGCACAACACUACUGUUUCUGUCAGAAGACAAAGCUCAAAGCUAAUCACCUUGCAAUGUUAAUUGCCGCAAUUGUAUUUUGAUGUGUCCUAACUUCCCUUUAGACAAACUUCAGACAAAAGUUUGUAUUGCAGAGACUGUUUGAGAUACAAGAUGCUUCCUGACUGUUCUGUUCUUUACCAACGGCAGAAGCGGCUGUGUGAGUGGUACUGAGAGCAUUGACUGCGAGUGAGUCAUCCUAUGCCUCAGAGUUCUGAGCUCUGCAUCUGGACCACACAGUCUCUCCUUAGAGAGGAUGUUAAGCCCAGGUGAUGACCCUGUUGUUCAAUGCUCCCCAUUGUCUCCCCAGGCUUGGCAAGUGUUGGGGACCACCCAGGCCGAGAAUGAGAACGAGCAGGCUGCUAUUGUCUCCCUCCAGAGGUAAGGAGGUGUUACUGCCCAACGUGGACCCAUAGGCUCCACCACAAACAUGGCAAUACACUGCAUGCAUUUGUCACUUCUCUGUAGUUUCCAAUAUUCCUCAGCUGCUUCAGAAAUGUAUAGCCAUCUUAGAUGAAAACCAUUUUUGAUGUUAAAGUUAGAUAUUGUAUCUAAGAUAUUCAAAGCCCUGGUCCUAGGCUAGGCUACUACUACAUUUUAUCGACUGGCUCGGUCUACAGCCAUGAAAGAAAAUACAUUUACAUUUUUUCCUCAGAAUAUACGUGCCACAUGGUUCAGUGGUUUCUAUCAGAGAGCCAAAGGUGGCGGGCUCCACGAGUGGAAAGAUGGCCCAUUUUAUAUUACCUUGUCAGAAGGUAGAUAGGACAAACAACAGAUCAAACAACAGCUUGAUCCAUCUGUGAGAAUGUAAACACUUAGAAGGAAAUCGAAAGAGACACAGAACAGCAAGAAAUGCUUAUCCAAUUAAAUGUGCAUUUCAUAAGAUCCUAGGCCAAUGCUUGGAUUUCAUUAGCUGCAGAUGAAUGCAAUCAUCUCGUACGAAGGAACAAAAUUCAAUCGAGUGCAUUUGGGUUAAUUAAUCAUUGGUGUUAAAACAAAUGGUUUAAAACUGUAAAGCUUUUAUAUAAUCUCCUCAGAAUGACUAAUCUCCUGAAAUACAGCACUGUUCUAUUAUUAAUAUCACAAUACUUUUAUUUUCUAGUAUAUUUUCUGUUUACAUUGCGUUUUUGUAGCCCCAUUGUGUAUUCCUGAGAAGUCUGAAUUAGAGAACUCUGAGAAAAAGUUUUUUUGUAGCAGAUAACACAUUAUCUUAAAAGAUGAACGGAGCAUCUGCACUGUAUACCAAUUGUAAACUAACUUUAUAUAACAGUCAGAGACCCAUGGCACAGUAGCAAGUCUGCCCAAAAUAAUUCGGUUUUCCUGGGAUUACAAGGAAGUUGGAGCAUUGGCUGUCAGUCUGUCACAAAUCCCAGUGGAACAUUAUUUUGAUGAAAGACAAAUCGAGUGCUCACUAAUCCUUGUUGUUCAUCCAACAUAGCUCUUUUUAAUAUCUCAUAAUAUUAUAGUUCUGAUGCCACAGCAACAGUGCGAACAAGAUAAAACAAUUUUCUUGUUAACUUCAAAAGUGGAGAGUAGCAACAGCAAUUGCAAGCCCCAAAGUAACUCAUAUGAACCAAAUGCUUUUGAAGGCAAUAUGCUAGCCUGGGAUACUUGUAUGUCACCCCAAGAGGGGACUGGUCCUUGCCACCUGACCCCAGGCAUCAUUAGGUGCCUCCUGAUGUUCCUUAGCUGUGGCCUGUCAAAAUUAGUGUCCGUCAAACCCUUUGAAGUGCUCACUACCCCCAUUCACCCCCUCUCUCUGUAUCUCCAGGUGUCUGGAGCUCCACCCCAACAACCUCCAGGCCCUCAUGGCCCUUGCGGUGAGCCUGACCAACACGGGCAUGAGGCAGGAUGCCUGCGAGGUGCUGUUGUGCUGGCUCCGCCACAACUCUAAGUACAAUCACCUGCUGAAGGACAAGAGCCACCUGGCGGGCUCCCCAGGCUGCCAACGUAGGAUGUCUCGUGUCUCUACUGUGGGCAGGUAUGAGAGGUAGAGUAUAAGGACUGGAUAGCACUAGCAUAGAUCCCAUAGGUGUAAGUAAGUGCAUGCUCAUUUUGUAGGAGAACGGUAUAGGAUGACUGUACAAUAUGGAGAAAGAGAAGAGAUGCAGGCCAUUCAGAAUUACACAGUUAACAUUGGAGAAGUAUGAUCUGCUAUAGUAAGUGCCGGGGCACCUUCAUUCAACAGCACUAAAUCUGACAUCUAUUACUUUUUUUAAGCACAUUGCUGGCACUCUCGCUCUCUCUCUCCUUUACAGUCUCUUAGCCUGAGCACCGUGACAAUAUUACAGAAUGGCUCAUUGAUGCAUAUUUUAUGCUAUGGUGUGCUUUAUGUCUCCCGCUCAGUUAUGUUAUUUUUAGCCGUGCCGUUUUAGAAACUCAGUUGUUUCAGUGCAAUGACUAUUACCUCCUGUCAUAAAUGAAAGGAAACGUCAUUUCAAGGUUUUUCAACCACAGCUGGUGUCGGUGUAAUUUUCUUGCCGAUCGAGCAAGCGUGCUCUCACAUGUAUUCAUCGUUAAACAACCACUAUUCAGGAUGCUUUUUUCCUUUUAAGGGCAUACUUUUAGGUGUCACAUGAAAAUAAAUAAAUAUCAGUUAGGAGCCUAUAUAAACUGUAGGGAAAACAUGACUUUAUCAAAUCCUCUAUUCAACAGCGAGAUGCAGGUACAGCCCCCUCUCAAUCUCUCCCUCUCCUUCUUCCUCAUCCUCCCUCUCCAUCUCUCUCGCUUUCCCUCUCCAUCUCCUCCCUUCCCCCACACUCAAUCAGUAUGGCGAUUGAAUAAAGUGGACGCAUGGGGAUGGGCAGCGCCGUGGCAGGACUCUCUCAAGAGCAUUACUCUGCUGGUUGCCAGUGUGUCUCUACUCCAUAUAGGCUCUAAGCCCUGUUUGUCUGCCCACAGCUCCCUACUGCCGGAGGUCAAGGAGUUGUUCCUGGAGGCUGCCCAGCACAACAGGGAUACUGACCCAGACCUGCAGACGGGCCUGGGCGUGCUGUUCAACAUCAGCGCCGAGUUCAACAAAGCUGUGGAGGCCUUCAAUGCUGCUCUGUCGGUGCGGCCAGAGGUAGGGGGGCAGCGUAAACACACAAACACUGUGUUUGUCAAUCUGACUUUACACACAAACGUGCGUACACACGCACACACAUACACACUCUGAUACACCUACUAUGCACAUGCACACACAAUCUUGCACAUGCAAACACACACACACAGACGACUGAUCACGGUCACGAAUCCCCAAAACACGACCCAAGAUAGCGAGAGAAAGGAAGAGUUCAUGCAAACAGAAUCACUGAGGCACACCAAACUGUCACACAAAUCACUGAAGCACUUCAUCCCAAACUUGAGAGCUUUGGGCUGAGAAAUCCAGUCUCAUGAACUCCUGGUUCACCCUCCCUGCACUACAGCCUCUGCAUGGUGCAGCUCAAGCCCGUAUCCUUUAACACUAGGAGAGCAGAGAGCGUUGACUCAAAACAAAUUUACUUUUUUAAUUACUCUGCCAUUUUUGACUGUGCCUUCAGAAAGUAUUCACAUCCCUUGACUUUUUCCACAUUUUGUUGUGUUAAAUCCUGCAUUUAAAAUUGAUUAAAUUGUGAUUUUUGUGUCACUGGCCUACACACAAUACCCCAUAAUGUCAAAGUGGAAUUAUGUUUUUAGACAUUUUAACAAAUUAAUUAAACAUGAAAAGCUGAAAUGUCUUGAUUCGAUAAGUCGAACCCCUUUGUUAUGGCAAGCCUAAAUCACUUCAGGAGUAAAAAUGUGCUUAACAAGUCACAUAGUAAGUUGCACGGACUCACUCUGUGUGCAAUAAUAGUGUUUAACAUGAUUUUUUAAAUGUCUACUUCAUCUCUGUAUCCCACACAUACUGUACAAUUAUCUGUAAGGUCCCUCAGUCGAGCAGUGAAUUUGAAACACAGAUUCAACCACAAAGACCAGGGAGGUUUUCCAAUGCCUCAAAGAAGGGCACCUAUUAGUAGUUGGGUACAAAUAAAAAAACAGACAUUGAAUAUCCCUUUGGGCAUGGUGAAGUUAUUUAAUUACACUUUGGAUGGUGUAUCUAUACACCCAGUCACUACAAAGAUACAGGCGUCCUUCCUAACUCAGUUGCCGGAGAGGAUGGAAACCGCUAAGGGAUUUCACCAUGAGGCCAAUGGUGAUUUUAAAACACUUAUGAGUUUAAUGGCUGUGAUAGGAGAAAACUGAGGAUGGAUCAACAACAUGUAGUUACUCCACAAUACUAACCUAAUUGACAGAGUGAAAAGAAGGAAGCCUGUACAGAAUAAAAAUAUUCAAAAACAUGCAUCCUAUUUGCAACAAGGCACUAAAGUAAUGCAAAAAAAGUGAAUACCAAGUGUUAUGUUUGGGGCAAAUUAAAUGCAACACAGAAAAUGGGUCGUGGAUGGGUAUUCCAGCAUGACAAUGACCCAAAACACACAGCCAAGGCAACAAAGGAGUGACUCAAGAAGAAGCACAUUAAGGUCCUGGAGUGGCCUAGCCAGUCUCCAGACCUUAAUCCCAUAGAAAAUCUGUGGAGGGAGCUGAAGGUUCAAGUUGCCAAACGUCAGCCUCGAAACCUUAAUGACUUGGAGAAGAUCUGCAAAGAGGAGUGGAACAAAAUCCCUCUUGAGAUGUGUGCAAACCUGGUGGCCAACUACAAGAAACGUCUGACCUCUGUGAUUGCCAAAAAGGGUUUUGCCACCAAGUACUAAGUCAUGUUUUGCAGAGGGGUCAAAUACUUAUUUCCCUCAUUAAAAUGCAAAUCAAUUUAUAACAUUUUUGACAUGCGUUUUUCUGGAUUUCUUUUUUGUUAUCCUGUCUCUCACUGUUCAAAUAAACCUACCAUUAAAAUUAUAGACUGAUAAUUUCUUUGUCAGUGGGCAAACGUACAAAAUCAGCAGGGGAUCAAAUACUUUUUUCCCUCACUGUAUAUCCCCAGGUGGGAGACACAUCUAAGGAGUCAAGGACUGACUUAAUGACGCAACCGAACCUUCCUCAAAUGAUCCUUGGAACUUCAGCGUUGCUAGGUUUUCACAGGGUGUUUUGCAACGUGAGGUAGAAAUAAUAUACCACGGAGCAUACAAGCCCAAUCACACCACAGUACCUAAAUUACAGUCAUUUACACACGAAAGUUACAGUGGAAGAACAGGCAAAUUAUGUACCGCUCUCAAAGAUGCUUUAUUGUAGUGUCGAAAUUGCCGUUAUAUCACAGUCAAAAUUCUACUUAAUUUUACUUGCAAUACUUCUACCAAAGUAGGCACUGUUAAUUUCUGAUUAGACUUCCCAUUACACUACACAACAAUUAUCAUUAGCAACAAAUAUGUUCCAAUACUAAACCAUUGUAGUGAUGUAGCGCCUGAUGGAAUGAAUCACAGUGCAAAAAAAUCUGAGUCCAUAAAUCUGCCAAUGAACCACAUACCCUCAGUCGACAGUUGCUGGGUUCACAGACCAUGACACCGUCUGACCAUGUCUGACACUGUCUAACCACUGUCUGAAACCAAACGUCAAAACCAACCACUAUACUAUGUCACCAUUCUCCCCUCCGGUGUUGACUCCUUCCCCCUGUCUGUCUCCUCUAGGACUACCUGCUGUGGAACCGCCUGGGGGCCACGCUGGCUAACGGGGACCGCAGCGAGGAGGCGGUGGAAGCCUACACCAGAGCCCUGGAGCUCCAGCCGGGCUUCAUUAGGUCCCGCUACAACCUGGGCAUCAGCUGCAUCAACCUGGGAGCACACAGGUGGGUGAGCGGGGGGCAAGGGGUGGUGGAGGAGGGUGGGGGUUGUGGGUGGAGGUCUAACUAAGAGCCAUCUGGUGCUCUCCGACGCAGCACCUGGCACUGCAGCAGAAGGCUUUGAGUUUCUGCUCUGGUAGAGUCAGUGGAGUGGAGUGAGGUGGGGACACUGAAUUACAUUGAGCCUAAUAAUGCGCUAUCUUACACUUACAAGUUCAAUCACUAAUGUUACAAGUAUCAGCAAAGUCCCUAUUAAUAUGUCAAACACAUCAGCCCUGAACCUAGUAACACUCGCUCUAAUGUACAUAUGUCAUAAUGAUAGCAACUAAUCACAAGGUUCUCUAACGGUCAAGUCUUUCUCUUGUAUUUUAGGGAGGCGGCCAGUAACUUCCUAACGGCACUGAGUCUGCAGAGGAAGAGCCGGAGUCGGCAGCUCUCGCACCAGGUAAUGUCGGGGAACAUCUGGGCCGCCCUGCGGAUAGCCCUCUCCAUGAUGGACCAGCCGGAGCUCUUCCAGGCGGCCAAUAUCGGAGACCUAGACCUACUCAUGAAAGCCUUCAACCUGGACAUGUGA